AUGGAUAUAAAGAGAAGGGUACACAAAGAGCCAAAAUUCUCGACAUGUUUCGCUCCAGGUGGAGCUUCUUCAGGAGAUGAUUCAAUAGCAUUUAAUUAUGUACUAGAAGUAAAGAGAGAAUACGAGUGCUCAUGUGCUAAUAAUAUGAGCCCUCUAGGUGUAUCCGGAAAACCAAAAAAACGUCUUAAAGUCUUUGUUCUUUCUACACUAUUUAUACUGAACCACAAAACUGCAAUGAUGGUCCAGUCCGCAGCACUGAUAGUCUUCAUCUCCACGAUCUUGGGACACACGGGAUCGGCAGUGAGUCCUGUGGUCACCUUCACCCCAAACUGGGGGAAGAUCUUCAGAGGAGAGUCUAUAACAAUGACGUGUGAUGUGGGGAUCACCAGAGGAAGACGUCUGAUCUACGUCUGGUACCAGGAUGGUACAAAGAGACAUACAGGAAAAAUCUAUACCAUUGGAUCUGCAAACACUUGGAAUAGCGGGAACUACAGAUGCCGGGCCAAUACAGAAAGUAGUGACACUGCCAGACUGGACGUUGUUGAUGAUGAGGUGAUCCUGCGGGUUCCUCUCUAUGUAUAUGAAGGAGAUGAUCUGACUCUGAGAUGUCACCAUCGUUCUGGCUACUUGGGAAAAUUUUCAAGUUUCUAUAAGGACAAUGUUGUUAUUCAAAGCUGGACCGACACACCUGAAUAUCAUGUAGGAAUUGCAAACACAAUGAGCAUUGGGAAAUACAAAUGUAUAAAGGGAGUAACUUGGAACACAUAUGAAUAUUCCAAAGCUGAAAUUUUUCUCUCCAUAAAAAAUCUAUUUGAAAUUCCAGAGAUAAAGGUGACCCCGUAUCCGGUGGUAGAAGGUGAUGAGAUGACCCUGACAUGUGACACUAGUCUCAGCUCUCUCAGACCGAGGACACAACUGAAAUUUGCUUUUCACAAAGAUGGACGGAAUGUCCGAGAAUUCACUUCAUAUAAUCAGUAUGGAGUUCAGUCCGCUCAGGUGAAGGACUCUGGGAAAUAUUCCUGUGAAGUGACAACUGCAACCAACAGUGUAAGGAAGAGGAGUCAGGAGAUAUUGGUCAAGAUAAAUGAACUGUUUUUCACCCCGGUGUUAAAUGUAAGCACAUUGGAAGUCUUAGAAGGUGACACCAUGACCAUGAAGUGUGACACGAGUCUCAGUCCGCCCAGACAGAGGACAGAACUGCACUUUGCUUUCUACAGAGAUGGACGGAAUGUUCAGAACUUCAAUUCAUCCGAUCAAUACGGAGUCCAGUCCACCGAGCUGGAGGAUUCUGGGAAUUAUUCCUGUGAAGUGAGAUCUGCAUCCAACAUUUCUAAGAAGAGUGAGGCUGUCUUUGUCCAGAUAAGAGAGCUAUUUGAAAUUCCGGAGAUAAAAGUGACCCCGUAUCUGGUGGUAGAAGGUGAUGGGAUGACCCUGACAUGUGACACUAGUCUCAGCCCUCUCAGACCGAGGACACAACUGAAAUUUGCUUUUCACAAAGAUGGACGGAAUGUCGGAGAAUUCACUUCAUAUAAUCAGUAUGGAGUUCAGUCCGCUCAGGUGAAGGACUCUGGGAAUUAUUCCUGUGAAGUGACAACUGCAACCAACAGUGUAAGGAAGAGAAGUCAGGAGAUAUUGGUCGAAAUAAAAGAACUGUUUGUAAAUCCAAGAAUCAUAAUAAUGCCAAAUCCAACGAUAGAAGGAGACAAUAUGACCCUAAUAUGUAUCACAAGACUGACAAGGCUCAGACAGAGCACAGAACUGCAGUUUGCUUUCUACAGAGAUGGAAGGAUUGUUCAGGAAUUCAGUUUAUCCGAUCAAUAUGAAGUCCAAUCCACCGAGCUGGAGGAUUCUGGGAAUUAUUCCUGUGAUGUGAGCGCAUCAAAUGGCAAAGUGAGGAAAAGUAGUCACAUCACCCCUAUUACCAUAAAAGAGCUGUUUGUCACCCCGGUGCUAAAUGUAAGCACUUUUGAAGUCCUAAAAGGUGACAUGGUGACCCUGACAUGUGACACGAGUCUCAGUGCGCUCAGCCAGAGGACACAACUAGAGUUUGCUUUCUACAGAGAUGGACGAAAUGUUCAGGAAUUCAGUUUAUCUGAUCAAUAUGGAGUCCAGUCCACCCAGCUGGAGGAUUCUGGGAAUUAUUCCUGUGAAGUGAGAUCUGCAUCCAACAUUUCUAAGAAGAGUGAGGAUGUCUUUGUCCAGAUAAGAGAUCUAUUUGAAAUUCCAGAGAUAAAGGUGACCCCGUAUCCGGCGGUAGAAGGUGAUGAGAUGACCCUGACAUGUGACACUAGUCUCAGCCCUCUCAGACCGAGGACACAACUGAAAUUUGCUUUUCACAAAGAUGGACGGAAUGUCGAAGAAUCCACUUCAUAUAAUCAGUAUGGAGUUCAGUCCGCUCAGGUGAAGGACUCUGGGAAAUAUUCCUGUGAAGUGUCAACUGCAACCAACAGUGUAAGGAAGAGGAGUCAGGAGAUGUUGGUCAAGAUAAAUGAGCUGUUUUUCACCCCAGUGAUAAAUAUAAGCACCUUUGAAGUCCUAAAAGGUGACAACGUGACCCUGACAUGUAACCCAAGUCUCAGUCCGCUCAGACAGAGGACAGAACUGCAGUUUGCAUUCUAUAGAGAUGGACGUAAUGUUCAGGAAUUCAGUUUAUAUAAUCAUUAUGGUAUCCGCUUUGCUCAGCUGGAGGAUUCCGGGAAUUAUUUCUGUGAAGUGAGAUCUACAUUCAACAUUUCUAAGAGGAGUGACAAUGUCUUAGUCCAGAUAAGAGGUAAAAAGGACGCGGAUUACACGUUACAGAACAUAAUUCGUCUGUUGGCAUCUGGGAUCAUAAUACUUAUAGGGGCCUUUAUUUUCUACUCCCAUAUGAAGACUGUAAGGAUUUCCAAGACCAAGAAUGUUGAAGAUGCCAAGGAAAGGGUGGAAGAGCACCAACUGUGA